AUGGCAUAUCGAUUUGUAAAGACAAAGUUGGAACUUCGGUUCUGGGGGACAAUAGAUCAAAGCUACGAUAUCGUUUUCUGCCUCUAUGAGCCUAAUUCUCCUCUUCUUCUGCGGGUUUCAACUGAGGAACCGCGUGAUAAUGACAAUUCUGGCAAUGUUCAUGGUAGCCGCAGUGCUUUGUAUAUCUGCAGCAUUCUUGUUUGCAGCAGCUUUGGUUCAACCCGACGAUCCAAUCAUCAAUUAUAUGCAAGCAAUUUAUCUUGGAUUUUGGGUUGUGUUUUUAAUUUCAAUACUCUUAAUCCAACUCAUUCGGUUCUUGUGUUGGCUUAUUUGUUUGAUAUGUUGUUGUCGUCCACGUCGACGACGAUCUCCUCAACGCUUGCUGCCAUCGACUCCAACUUCGACCCAUUAAAGAAGAGAAGAAAAGUCUUCCUUGUUUAG